AUGUACUGUUCAAAAUUGAGGGCAUCAUAUGCUAGAAUUCUUAUUGAAAUUGGUGCUACUCAAAAAAUGCCUAAGGAGAUUACCAUACAAAAUCAUGAGGGAAAGAAGGUGAAACAGGCAAUUGAAUACGAAUGGCUACCUAAAUUUUGUGUUAGAUGCCAAAAAUUUAGACAUAAUUGUGCCACGACACGUACCAUACCUCAAUGGAAGCCAAAGUUGAAACAACCUACUGAGGAGCCUGCCAAAGAGAGUGGGAAGGAAGCAAUUACUGAGGCUAGCACAGAGCAAGUGUUGGAAAGCAAGGAAUAUACUCCUAAGGGGGGUGGAUAG